CUAAGAGACCAGUUUUCUCACCACCACGCCCCCUGUUCCUGGGCCCCUCCCCUAGCGCCCUAGCCUGACCUAAGCUGCUGGUGGGCGCACACCAUGGCCUCGCCGGUGACCUGCAUUCUGUCGCUGACCCUGCUGCUUGACCUUGUCGCUGAGCUCCAAGGUUCAGAACAGUUACAAAUAUCGUCUCUGAAGAAGUCCCCCGAACUUGGCAAGGAGUUGAAGCUGAAAUGCUCAGUGCUGUUGUCCACUUCGCAAGGAUGCACUUGGCUCUUCCAGAAGGACGGCUCCGGAGUUAAACCCACCUUCCUCCUCUAUCUCUCUACGACCAAGAUCAAAGUGAAUGACCAACUGGAUGAAAACCAGUUCUCUGGCAACAGAAAUGACAAAGAGUACACCCUCAUCCUGAAGAAGUUCGGCGAGGAAAACCAGGGCUACUAUUUCUGCUCUGUGACAGGAAACUCGGUGGUGUACUUCAGUCCUCUCCUGCCGGUCUUCCUGCCAGGGAAGCCCACCACGCCAGUGCCACGACCACGCACACCAGUACCCACUGUCGGGACAUCCCGGUCCCCACGACCACAAACUUGCCGUCCCGGGCCGGGUGCCUCAGUGGAGAAGAGGGGAUUGGACUUCGACUGUAAUAUCUUCAUCUGGGCACCCUUAGCCGGAAUCUGCGGGGUGCUUCUGCUGUCCCUGGUCAUCACUCUCAUCUGCUGCCACAGGAACCGAAGGCGAGUGUGCAAAUGUCCCAGGCCUCUGGUCAGACAAGCAGGCAAGCCCAGCCCUUCAGAAAAAUUCGUGUAAGAUGGCGUCAGGAAGCCACAUCCAUUACAUGAUUUCAGAGACCUCUUCAUUCAAGAGAUCAAGCCCUCCUUCUUCAGCAUUUCCCACAUUCCUGUAUAUUGCUCUCUGGACUAUUUUAGUGGGGGUGGGGGUGGGAGCCAUUUCUUUUCUUUAUGCAUUCAUUUUGGCACAAAACAAGACCACACAAUGUCUACAGGACCACAAGGGUGGCAGCUCUGUUGUUGCAUGCACAGAAUGGGGUAAAGAGCAGAGAGACACCAGAGCUAGCUGAAUUCUCAGGGUUAAGGGACAAUUAGCACCCACUUGCUCAUCUACAUUCCUUGUCUGCCCAUCACAUAGAAGAGGCUAAAGGUCAGAGAUGGGGUCAGCCAGGUCUGUAGGCCCGGAGAGAACCCAAGCUGGAGGAACCUUUACCGGUUGGCUCAGGGAACUUGCCUCUGUACAAUGAGCUCUCUUUGCUGGGCUGUGCCUGUGUAGUGUGCAGGCUGUGUAGUGUGCAGGCUGUGUAGUGUGCAGGCUGUGUAGUGUGCAGGCUGUGUAGUGUGCAGGCUGUGUAGUGUGCAGGCUGUGUAGUGUGCAGGCUGUGUAGUGUGCAGGCUGUGUAGUGUGCAGGCUGUGUAGUGUGCAGGCUGUGUAGUGUGCAGGCUGUGUGGUGGAACGGUUCUGCCUCAAACCACAAGGGAGUGAGCAGUGUCACCUGUUAUCCACUCAGUGCUGGCCAUGAGCACAGAUGUCACACAGCAAAGACAGGAGAACUGCCUUUACACCCCUGAACAUCAGAGCUCCUGGCAAGGGACAGUGAGACAGGCAGUCCUGACUCCUACAAGUCUAGGGGGUAGAGUCAGUCCUGGACAACAGCUCCCUCUGCUGCUAACGACCGCUGCUGUGAAAUCCCGGGGAACCAGGAUUCUUUCUGCCCUUGCACCGCAGAGGGUGAGGGUUGACAGAUAUGAGUCGAGUAUCUGAGCAGCUGUCGACAUUUCUAAACAUCUGGACUGGGAUGUGCUCGUGGGGUCACGAGGAUGUUUAUACUUUAUAAACACAGAAUCCUUGGAGAGCAUUCCUUAGCAGCCCUGGGAGGCAGAUGUGCAGAUGAGGCAGGGUAGGCUUGCGGGAAGAGGCUGGCUGUCAAGACUGCUAUCCCAGUGUGAAUUUCCUCUCACAGUUUCAUAGAAGCAACAGAAGCUAUGGAAUCUGAAGGAACUAAGAGUCACCCAUGAUCUGAUUAUUUCCUAUGCAUAUAUAUGUAAGAAAAACACCUUGGGCUUUAAAAAGGAAUUAUAACAUAUUUUUGUAAGUGGCUUUAAUAAAUAAACAUAUCAUUUAAUGGUUAAA